AUGGAGUUGGAGCAGCUCCAGGCCAAGUCCUCCUCCUGGGCUCUGAUCCUGCUCUUCCAGCUGGGACUGCCAUGGACUCUGCCAGUGUUUAAGCAGGCAAAUGUGUAUAAAGGUGGUGCUCGGGGGUGGCAGAGCAGAGGGGCCCUUUUGGAGCUGCCUGCUCCACUCUCUUCCUGCAGCCCCGUGUCCUUCGUCCUCUCUUGGGUUACAUCAACCAGCAUGAGCCAGCAGCUUGCAGCUGGAAGGGCUCUUCAUGGAAGGAAGUUCUCAGCAUCUUCUGCUAGUGGUGGCAUGAGCUGCUGCCGGAGCAGUGCCUUCCCCUCCACUGCUCCGUUUGGAAGAGGUUAUGGAACCUGGAGCAGCCAAAGCCUGCAAAACGUGGAUGGGUGUAAAUGGAUUUCUUCUGGUGUUCGUGCCAGUGGUGAGGGCGGGAAGCAUGGGAGAAUGCUGGGCUUCCCUGGCUGUGGAAGGGAAGGCAUUCGUGCAGUGCGUGUCAAUGAGAACCUGCUGCGGCCGCUUGAUGUGAAGAUCGACCCCGAAAUCCAGCGCAUCCGAAGGCAGGAGAGAGAGCAAAUGAGGAGCCUCAAUAACCAGUUUGCCUGUUUGAUUGACAAGGUGCAGCAUCUGGAGCAGCAGAACAGGCUGCUGGCCACCAAAUGGGCCCUCCUCCAAAAGCACCUCCUGCCAUCCCAGAAGAAUUUUAAGCACGUCUUCAACACUUUCAUCUGCAGCCUUCAGAGGAGGCUGGACUCACUGCUGCAUGAGCAGGAGCAGAUGGAGCUGGAGCUGAACAACACUGAGAAGCUCAUUGAAGAGGUCAAAUGCAAAUAUGAGCAGGAGGUGAACAGAUGCACAGCUGCUGAGACUGAGCUUGUGCUGCUGAAGAAGGAUGUGGACUGUGUCUACCUCACCAAAGCAGAGCUGGAAGCGAAGCUGGAAACCCUCAAGCAGCAGACAGAGCUCCUGAAGUGUGUGUCUGCUCAGGGAACUGCUGAGCUGGAGAAAAGUCUCUGUGACACCUCUGUUGUGGUGAAAAUGGACAACAGCCAAAGCCUGGGCACAGAGGGCAUCCUCAGGGGCAUUGAGCUGUGGUACGAAGAUGCAGCACAGAAAAGCAAGGCCGAAUUGGAAGCACUGUACAGAGCUAGGUACCAAGAGCUCGAGGAGGCAAAGAGGAAGCAAUGCAGUGAACUGAAGUCCCACCAGCAAGAGAUUGAGGAGCUGAGUUUUGUGAUGCAGAGAUGGCAGAGGGACCUUGAGAACGUGAAGAACCAGGUGUCAACUCUGCAGACAUCUGUUAGUGACACUGAGCAGCGUGGGGACCGUGCUCUGAAGGAUGCGCAGGAGAAGCACAGUGAGCUGCAGAAUGCCCUCCAGAAGGCCAAGGAUGAGCUGGCUUGCAUGCUGCAGAAUUACCAGGAGCUGCUGAAUGUCAAGCUGGCCCUGGACAUUGAGAUUGCCACCUAUAAGACUUUGUUGGAGGGUGAAGAGAGCAGGUUGCGCACUGGGUGCCCUGUGAGAAUGUUGAUCACGACACCGUGCAACACCUCCUCUGGCUGCAGCACCGGCCUGGGACAUGGACCUCGUGCAGCCUGCAGAAGACGUGGGUCCUCCCCUGGUGCCAGCAGAGCAUCCCAACCUGGGGAUGAUGGUGUCUAUCACAAAGGGUCCACCAGCGCUGCAGGCAAGAAAUGUCUCCCCAGUGCUCCCAGAUGCAGCUGCUUCCCAAGGGGCCACCAAUGGAGCUGUGGAGGUGGGGCCCAUGCUGGCCAGAGCUCAGCCCAUGUGAGCACUGCUGAGCUCUGCUGUGGGACUGCAGGGAGCUCAGAGAGCUCAGCUCAGCCAUCAGCACCGUGCUGGAUAGGAGCGAGGAUCUCAGCUGGGACGCCGUGCUCCAGGAGCACCACCCGUGUCUGA